AUGUCUGCAGGCAACGGCACCCCUUGGGGGUCAGCAGCGGGGGAGGAGGUCUGGGCUGGAUCAGGAGUGGAGGUGGAGGGCUCAGAGCUGCCCACCUUCUCGGCAGCAGCCAAGGUCCAAGUGGGAGUGACCAUUGUGCUGUUUGUUUCUUCGGCUGGAGGGAACCUGGCAGUCCGGCGGUCAGUGACACGGCCGCAACCCAGCCAGCUCCGCCCCUCUCCGGUCAGGAGACUCUUCGCCCAUUUAGCAGCCACCGACUUACUAGUCACUUUUGUGGUUAUGCCCCUAGAUGCCACCUGGAAUGUCACUGUUCAAUGGCUGGCUGUGGACAUCGCAUGUCGGACACUCAUGUUCCUGAAACUAAUGGCCAUGUAUUCUGCAGCUUUCCUGCCUGUGAUCAUUGGACUGGACCGCCAGGCAGCAGUACUCAACCCGCUUGGAUCCCGUUCAGGUGUAAGGAAACUUCUGGGGGCAGCCUGGGGACUUAGUUUCCUGCUUGCCUUGCCCCAGCUGUUCCUGUUCCAUACCGUCCACCGAGCUGGCCCAGUCCCUUUCACUCAGUUUGUCACCAAAGGCAGCUUCAAGGCUCGAUGGCGAGAGACCACCUAUAACCUCUUCACCUUCUGCUGCCUCUUUCUGCUGCCACUGACUGCCAUGGCCAUCUGCUAUAGCCGCAUUGUCCUCAGUGUGUCCAGCCCCCAGACAAGGAAGGGGAGCCAUGCCCCUGCUGGUGAAUUUGCCCUCCCCCACUCCUUUGACAAUUGUCCCUGUGUUUGUCUCCGGGCCCUGAGAUUGGCCCUGCUUAUCUUGCUGACCUUCAUCGUCUGCUGGACCCCUUAUUACCUACUGGGUCUGUGGUACUGGUUCUCCCUCACCAUGCUAACUGAAGUCCCUCCCAGCCUGAGCCACAUCCUUUUCCUCUUUAGCCUCCUCAAUGCUCCUUUGGAUCCUCUCCUCUAUGGGGCCUUCACCCUUGGCUGCCGAAGAGGGCACCAAGAACUUAGCAUAGACGUUUCUAAAGAAGGGUCUGGGAGAAUGCUCCAAGAGGAGAUUCAUGCCCUUAGACAGCUAGAAGUACAAAAAACUGUGACAUCAAGAAAGGCAGGAGAAACAAAAGACAUUUCUAUAACAUCUAUCUGAUCCUAACAGAGUAUAUAGGAACAGAAUAGUAAGUCUUUAGUACCAGAAGAUCUUAACAUCUCACUUCUACUCCUCCUCUCCUAG